AACCCCCCCCCCACUUUUCACCCCAAACAAAGCUCAUCUAUCUCGGAAACUCCCGUCUCCGGCACUUGCUAUCCAUCUCACCAUGCGCUGGAGCGGUCUAAUCCUGGCAGUUUUGACCUUAGCCUCCAACUUCCAUCCAUCCAAAGCCCUCCGCAUUGUCCAAUUCCCACCCAACCCCCAAGUUGGACAGACCGUCUUCCUUCACAUGGAAGAUGCCCAGUUUCCUAUCCAGUGCGACUGGUUCCGAGGCAAUGGUGUGAACAGGAACAGACAGAUCUUGAAAACGGAAUAUAAUCAGGUCACUGCGAGAGGGCCAGCCUACACAGGACGGGAAGAUCUGUGGAGAGGGUGCUCCUUAAAGAUCCAAAAUGUCCAGGCCUCUGAUUCUGGACCUUACACGCUUUCAAUAUUGGAAUUACGGGGAAGUGAAUUCAUAACUGCAGUGGGACAUCUACAAGUUUCCUCCUAAAGACGCUUCGAAGUUGCUUCUGUCCAUUUUGGCAUCUUAAUCUUUGGAAGAGAAACCAAGAAGCUGCAUUUCGUCAGCCCUGAGGGAUUCCCAAAAAAGGGAUCAGCCGCUGAGUUUCUCUUUGUUGCCUUCCUCGCUUCUUCCCUUCACCCACAGCCAUUAAAAUGUCUUUUGGCAAAACGCAUGAGUCGCCUAGGAACAGCCCCUUGCCAUGCGGUUCUCGGGACCCCCAAUCCAAAUUCACGUGUAUGUUUGCUGACAUCAAAUAGCGCGGAAGGGCGACAUUUGCAAGAAGCAUUCUCCUCCCCCCCAAUUAUUCAGAGCUGCCAAAUGCCUGCUCAGAAAGCCCCCUCCCCAAACGGGUGGUGUAUAUAUACACUGUCAACGCUGCUAACAUUGGAUCUUCUUGCUUUGACAAAAUAUGAAGAGGUAGCUACUUUCUGCAUAAACUGUGUGGUAUUUUUAGAGUUAAAUUAAAUGAUGCUGGGAGGGGAGGAGAAAGAAUGUGUGUGGGGAUUAGUUAAGAUAAGAAACCAAGGGCUGCAGAAGGGAAGGGAAACUUUGCCCUUCAAACUAAUUGGAGAAUGUGAUUUAUGACUGCAAAUUAGAGGAGGGGAAUUCAGAUCUUGGCAUCCAUCAGGCUGUGCUGACACUUUGUUUCACAAUUAAAGUUUUUUUAGGAUAAACAA